GUUCCAGGCAUGGGAUAUGGGGUGCCUUGAUUCCCGGAAACCCACUUGGAGGGGCUUGCAGAGCGUCCACAGGCCCCCAGAAUUCUGUGUACAUAAAGGUGGCAUCACCUCAGCUCGGCCCCAGGAACACGCACUGGAGUUGCCCUGCAGCGCUGUUGACGUCACCCCCAAGCCCAGGCAUCCUGUCUGCGGUCCACGGCGAGACGCAGGCCAGCCCAGCUCACAGAGACUGAACGAGGUGCUGCCCCCCGACCACCACCAUGCCUGAAGUCGAGAGAAAGCCCAAGAUUACGGCCUCCCGCAAACUCUUGCUGAAGAGUCUGAUGCUGGCCAAGGCCAAGGAGUGCUGGGAGCAGGAGCACGAGGAGCGGGAGGCGGAGAAGGCCCGCUACCUGGCUGAGCGCAUCCCCUCGCUGCAGACCCGCGGCCUGUCCCUCAGUGCCCUGCAGGACCUGUGCCGGGACCUGCACGCCAAGGUGGAGGUGGUAGAUGAGGAGAGAUAUGACAUUGAGGCCAAAUGUCUCCACAACACCAGGGAGAUUAAGGACCUGAAGCUGAAGGUGCUGGACCUCCGUGGGAAAUUCAAGCGUCCGCCACUGCGUCGGGUCCGGGUCUCAGCUGACGCCAUGCUCCGGGCCCUGCUGGGCUCCAAGCACAAGGUGUCUAUGGAUCUGCGGGCCAACCUGAAGUCAGUGAAGAAGGAAGACACAGAGAAGGAGCGGCCCGUGGAAGUGGGUGACUGGAGGAAGAACGUGGAGGCCAUGUCCGGGAUGGAAGGCCGGAAGAAGAUGUUCGACGCCGCCAAGUCUCCGACCUCUCAGUAGAGGCUGGCUCGCUUCGCUGUCCUCUGGGCUUCCUCCUUCCGUUCCUCCCUCCAACCUGGCUCACCUAGCUUUCUGCAUCCCACCCUGCAUUUCGGGAGCCUCCCAUCCUGCUCCCACCCUUUCCCUCCAGCCUGAAUGCCCUCCUCUGGAGCUGGGAUUAAACAGACACCAGGGAGGACAAACAGCGGUGUCUGAAGACCUCACCCUCCCGGGGUGGAGCCCCUGGCCUGCGGUGGUGUAGCCAAGCUGAGGAGGAAGGGCUGUGAGAGCCCCUUCCCUCGGGCCCCUUGCUGCAUCCCUCCACUGCGCUGCGACAUGUAGAGUGCCCCCAGGCAUCACAGCUUCUCCAUUAAAAACCAGGGUCUUGGUCAUUUCUGUAGCCCUGGCUGUGAGUGCUGGAGAAAGAAGACUGGGAGUCUGGAGAGAUGGAUGUGGUGGGCUCCAGGCAAGAGCUCAGGGUGGGAACGGAGGUCUAAGGAACUGGCAGCUGCCUGCUAAGGUCCCUCUGGACCCCUUCUGCUCAGUCCCAGUGACAUCACACAGCACCCCCUCGCCACCCAGGAUGCUGAUUACCCAAACCCUAACCUCAGCAACAGCCCCAGCCCUCCUAACGACUCCAGCCACCAAGAUGGGGCUCUCCAUUCAGAGCCCCUUGUCCUGCUUGAUUUCACAGUUCCCUUUCUCUGCAAACCUGGGUCAACUCUCCCUGGUAGCUCCUGGAUGUUCGUGACUAUUCUGGACUGAGAGGUCAGGGUGCUUUCAGCCCCUCACCUGGUCCUACAGGCAGGCACAGGGCAGGAGUUGCCCCGCACCCUGGCCCAGCAGCUGAGAGGGACACCACGUAGUUCCACAUAUGGCCACUAGGUGGCUCAUUUCCCCAUCGCGCCCCCCGGGGCUCCCCAGUCCUUCCCACCCCUGCUCUCUCCAGCCUCAUGCGCCCUCCUCCCAGUCAUUUUCUCUUCACACUCCUGGACCGGUCAUAACCUCCAGGUCAUAUCCUCCAGAUCCACUGUCCUUGAGGUGGGCCGGCCCGUGAUCUGUCCUCUAGGUCAGGGUCUUCCUCCAUCCCACUGAUAAUCUGGACCCAAAGCCUGGUGAGGGGUGGGAAAGGGCAGAAGCUCCCCCCAACCCUCCCACAUACCACAUACCGAGGAGAGUGGCUCCUAUGGAGCAGAGACCAAAGUUCUGGGAAGAGCAGAGCCUGGCUUUUCAGGGCAGUGUCAUGGCCACCUCUUGAACUAAGCCUACAAACCUGGGGCCCUUUGACUUCUUAACCACCCAGCACUGUUCUGCCCUCUGCUCCCAGUGUAUUAUUUGCCAUAAAUACCAGAAGCCGAGUACAAAGUGCAGUGCCAACUACUCCCUGGGGCAGGGUCUAGCACCCAGGGCGGCUUAGCCUGCCAGCCCCUUGAGGGACCAGCAACUUCGGACCGGUUAGGGGAGGCAGCACUCUUCCCAGUGUUCUUGCCACAAACAGCUCAGUAGGCAGAAAGACAGAUGUGUGCAAAGAGCACAACUCCCACCACACACAGAAACCCUUCGGCACGAACACACCCAGCCUCUCUCUCACACACACAUACGCGAAGCUGGAGAACCUGACGGGGCCGGUCUGUGCCACAAAGGAUGGGGUUGGGCUCCAAGCCCAGGCAGCCCCAGAAACCCACCCUUCCCUGCCUCACAGAGCUCCUCCCGGCUGGCCUGGGUCCAGAGCAUGGCCUCCUUGCUGUGCCUCUGCUCAGCCCUUUGAGAGAGUCUGGCCCCAAGUGACUGACUAUUCACCCGGGGCCCGGGCAGACUGGGGUCUCCACCCUGCCCUACAAAGGCAGGAGACCAGCCCCAGGCCUGACUCAAAAUAAACACCUGGUGCAGAGAGCCCGUGGAGCAAACCCAACACACCCAAGGUGAGGGCCCUCUGGGCAAGGGCCACGGCCUGUAUGGAAGCUUUCUGGAGGUCAUCGUCUGGUCCCUCCUGCUUCCCUGCAGACUUAAUCCAUCUCCGGGGACGGCAGACCAAGGGCAAAGGGGCAAAAGGCUUCCUGGGAGUGAAGACCACGGGAACUGAGUGGGUGAGGGAGGAGGUGGGCUCUGUCACAGGGCUGUUUGAGGGGAGAGCAACCUUUGGGAGGGGGCUGCCAGUAGAGUCAUAGCCGUGAACAGGGCCUGGGUGGGAGGCAUUGUAUCCGGAGAGCCAUGAUUCUACUCCCUUUCACCGUGGAGGGCCAACACCGGACCGGAAACAGGGGGAGAUGAGGCGGGAGCUGGGCCUCCCACUGAAAACAGCUCCCACUUGCAGUCCAUUGAGUAUAUGUCGGGCACCACUCUACACAUCACAUUUCACCUUCACAACGCCCCUCUGAGAAAGGUGGGAUUCCUGUGGCACAGAGAGGUUAACGCCUUCCUAUGGUCACACAGCGAGUGAAUGGAGGGGCCAGGAUUUGACCCAGGCAGUCUGUUAGAGUCCAUAUGCGUAUUCACUAUUUUAAUAAUAAUAAAAAUGAUGCUCAAUGCUUUA